AUGGCGUACCGCGGCCAGGGCCAGAAGGCGCAGAAGGUGAUGGUGCAGCCCAUCAAUCUUAUCUUCAGAUACUUGCAAAGUGGAUCUCGAAUUCAGGUGUGGCUCUGUGAGCAAGUGGAUGCUCGGAUAUCAGAUGAUGCAGAAGAAAUUCAUUCUAAAACAAAGUCAAGAGAACAACCGGGUUGGAUCAUGCUAAAAGGAGACAAUAUUACUCUGCUCCAACGUGUUUGCAACUAG